AUGUCAGACGAAAUUUCUGAAGAGCGCGCGCCUGCCCAGGUUGUCGCCCAGGCCGCGCCUACCGCACCGGACGAGGUGGACACACUGACAGACUCACCAUCCACAGUACGGGCAGAAACUGUCAGAUCCUCAUCACCAGCCGAGCCGGAACCUCUUUGUUCGAAUGUCGUGACUGCAUCUGACGGCGAUGCUAACUCUCAUUCAAGCAUAGGUUCACCUGCGGUCGGCAUCACACCACAGACCGAGACGCAAGGUCUGGUAUCCUCGCCGCCACACAGCGAUGAAACUAUGGCUUCACAAUAUCAGGACAAUGCGCCUGACUCUGUGCAGUCACCGGAGGAAGAGCACGUCGACAACAACCGCCCUCCUUCCCCGCGCUCAAAUCAAGACCACACCGGCGAGAUGUCCACGACGCCGCCAGUCACACCGCCACACACGCCUUCCAUGGACGAAGAACCCCAGUCUCCAAGUUCAUCGGUAUCGUCAGAUUGGUGGACUGAAUUAGGUGUUCCACCGCCCCCACCGAAAUCCAACACGGUCAUGCCGCCUGAUCGAGCGGUCUCUUUUACAGACAUCUCCGAAUCACUCGCUAAGCGAAAGAUGCAACGCAACAUCUUCUCGAAGACACGUGGGUUGAUAAAAUAUCAAGCGGCCAAGAUAUUCAUCAUCUCUUCUCGCGGUGUUCAACGUGAGAAUCUGCCCACAAGGCAAACAAGACCCCCUCUGUUGAAGCGCCGCUAUAGCGUCGAUGUGAAUACUACCACCGAAUGGGAGCAAGAAACAAAUCACUGGGAAUUUGCAUUAUCUCAGGUAAACAGUCACCAGAAACCUGUCUUUAGUGGGCACUUCACUGACGUUACAAAGACAUUUGACAUCCCUGAGCUACCACACAAGGAGGUGGAUCCGCUACCCGCUCUUACACAUUGGGUGCAACUUCCUCAUCCUGCCCGACAUACUGCUUUCGCCUCGGUCUUCUUUGGUCAGCCUACCCACAACGGAGGAGUGUUCCUUGAGCUGGGUGAUGUGACCCUUCAUAACGACUCCUUCAACUAUAUUGGCGCUACCAACAGUCGGAUAUAUGGUGCGGAAGUAUGGAUGCGUGACGAGAGUCUAGACAUGGCUCUUGAAGUGCUUCGCCGCGAGUACAACGGCGACGCUCACAAAAUCGGCAUCGCCAACUCCACCGUGGCCCAGAUUUGCUACUUCGCCCAAAUGUCAGGAUAUACUGCGGAAUACGAACAGUAUAGGUUACGUUACGCUGACAAGAAUUGGAUCUUCAUCGUCAUCAACGAUGGCAUCGGCGGUGUCGAAAACGAUGGCCACAGUGGAUUACACUGGUCUCUCGCCAUUCUGGAUCGGAUUUCCAAGAAAUGCUAUUAUAUUGAUUCGCUGUUCGUCAGACUGGGAUUCUAUCAAGACUUAGGCCGGGAUGUGUCUAUGGGAAUGCUCCAUAUUCUUGAUGAAGACCCAGAGGAUUGGAAGUACCUCCCACAAUGGAACAGUCCCGAUCAAAACACCAACAACAGGUUCAAAGAAGAUGGAGGUGCAUGCGGACCAUUUGUAUACAAAAUGUGUCAGAUUUCCAUGGAUGCAAUCACGCGCCGUCAUCUGGCAGGGCUGGAGACCUGCGACCUUGAACUCAAGCGCUGGUUUCCUGAACAGUUCGAGUCAGAGUUCCAUUCGGAGCAGGUUCGCUAUGAGAUCCAGAGCAAAAUCGCUCGUUGGGCACACAGAGAGUGGUCUUCAAGACUGGCGAAUGACUGGGACUACGCGCUUAUCCAGGGCACAGACGCCGUCCUAGAUGACGGACCAGUCGUCGCAUUCGAGGCCCCGGCCCCGGCUUCCAGAUCACAUCACUCGGGACGGAAUGUCCCCAGCGGUAGCAGCUCCCGAUCCCCCAUCAUCCUGGACGACGACGAUGCGAACUACGCUGUCCACGGCAACAGGAGGGAUAGCCUGGACAGCAACGUUGCGUCCGCGGGUGGUGAUACGUCAGUCGUCGACCUGGGUGAGGACUCUGAUAGUACCUGGAUGGUGUCAGACGACGACAUGAACCUGGAUGACGACGACGAGGAGACCGCUGAGGUCGUCCUCGAUGGCUAA